AUGGCCCACCUCCAGCUCACGGCGCUCGCCGGCGGCGCCGGCGACGAGAUGGAGGAGGUUGCGCUGCUGGGCUCCUACGACGUGGAGGCCGGGCCCGCAGGGGCGGAGUGGGAGGCCGACGAGGAGGCCGGCAUGCGGCGGGUGCAGGUGCGGGUCGCCGGCAUGACGUGCUCCGCGUGCACGGGCGCCGUCGAGGCCGCGCUCUCCGAGCGCCGGGGCGUGCGCCGCGCCUCCGUGUCGCUGCUCCAGAACCGCGCCCACGUCGUCUACGACCCCGCGCUCGCCAAGGAUGAAGACAUCGUGGAAGCGAUAGAGGAUGCUGGGUUCGAAGCAGAAAUUCUCCCAGACUCUACUGUUUCACAGCCGAAAUCUCAGAAGACUUUGUCAGGCCAAUUUAGGAUAGGGGGAAUGACUUGUGCAGCAUGUGUGAACUCAGUUGAGGGGAUCUUGAAAAAACUGCCCGGUGUAAAAAGAGCAGUUGUCGCAUUAGCGACAUCAUUGGGGGAAGUUGAGUAUGACCCUUCUGCCAUUAGCAAAGAUGAAAUUGUUCAGGCUAUUGAGGACGCUGGUUUUGACGCUGCGCUGUUACAAAGUAGCGAGCAGGAUAAGGUUUUAUUAAGUGUGACUGGGUUGCAUACUGAGGGAGAUGUAGAUGUAUUGCAUGAUAUCCUGAAGAAAAUAGAAGGCUUGCGUCAGUUUGGUGUAAAUUUUGGAAACUCUGAAGUUGAAAUUGUAUUUGAUCCCGAAGUAGUUGGUUUGAGACAGAUUGUAGAUACCAUAGAGAUGGAAAGCAAUGACAGACUGAAAGCUCAUGUACAGAACCCAUACUUACGAGCUGCUUCAAAUGAUACACAGGAGGCCUCUAAGACGCUUCAUCUUCUUCGCUCUAGUUUAUUACUAAGUAUUCCUGUAUUUUUCAUCCGCAUGGUAUGCCCUCACAUACCUCUAAUCAGUUCAUUCCUAGUCAUGCACCUUGGACCAUUUUGUAUUGGAGAUCUGCUGAAGUGGAUUCUGGUUAGCAUGAUACAGUUUGCUGUUGGCAAACGAUUCUAUGUUGCAGCUUCUAGGGCCCUAAGACAUGGCUCUACAAAUAUGGAUGUUUUAGUUGUUAUUGGCACUACCGCUUCAUAUGUCUAUUCAGUUUGUGCACUUCUUUAUGGGGCAUUCACUGGAUUUCAUCCUCCAAUAUAUUUUGAAACGAGUGCCAUGAUAAUUACAUUUGUGCUGUUUGGGAAGUAUCUGGAGGUGCUUGCAAAAGGAAAGACAUCGGAUGCUAUCAAGAAGCUUGUAGAGCUUGCUCCAGCUACAGCGCUUCUACUUCUGAAGGACAAAGAAGGAAAAUAUUCAGGCGAGAAGGAGAUUGAUGCAUCGUUAGUACAACCUGGUGAUGCCUUAAAAGUUCUUCCUGGUUCAAAGGUUCCUGCCGAUGGUGUAGUCAUUUGGGGUACAAGCCAUAUCAAUGAGAGUAUGGUAACUGGUGAAUCUGUGCCUAUCUCGAAGGAAGUAUCCAGUCCAGUAAUUGGAGGCACAAUGAACUUGCAUGGUGUUCUUCAUAUACAAGCGACCAAAGUAGGAUCCGGGACAGUUCUGAGUCAGAUAAUAUCGCUUGUCGAGACUGCCCAGAUGUCUAAGGCUCCUAUUCAGAAGUUUGCUGAUUAUGUGGCCAGCAUUUUCGUUCCUAUUGUCAUCACCUUGUCCUUACUGACAUUCCUUGCAUGGUUUCUAUGUGGAUGGUUGGGAGCAUAUCCAAACUCAUGGUCUGCUGAAAGUAGCAAUUGCUUUGUUUUCUCCCUCAUGUUCUCCAUAUCUGUUGUGGUGAUUGCUUGUCCAUGUGCUCUUGGUCUGGCAACACCAACUGCGGUUAUGGUAGCAACGGGAGUUGGGGCUAAUCAUGGAGUACUUGUGAAGGGUGGAGAUGCACUGGAGAGAGCUCAGAAUGUGAAAUAUGUUGUUUUUGAUAAAACUGGAACACUGACCCAAGGAAAGGCUUCUGUAACAACAGCAAAGAUUUUUUCAGGGAUGGACCUGGGGGAUUUCCUCACAUUGGUAGCUUCUGCAGAGGCAAGCAGUGAACACCCACUUGCAAAAGCUAUCUUGGAUUAUGCAUUUCAUUUCCAUUUCUUUGGCAAACUUCCCUCAGCAAAAGACAGCAUUAAGAAAAGAAGAGAAGAGAUUCUUUCCCAGUGGCUACUGGAAGUCACAGACUUUUCUGCUUUGCCUGGCAAAGGGAUCCAGUGUUGGAUCAAUGGGAAGAAAAUUUUGGUAGGGAACCGUGCUUUGAUAACUGAAAAUGGGAUAAACAUUCCUGAUGAAGCUGAACAUUUCUUGGUAGACAUGGAGCUGAGUGCAAAAACUGGUAUUCUCGUAGCAUAUGAUGGUGGCUUCAUUGGUUUGAUUGGGAUAACAGAUCCUUUGAAAAGGGAGGCUGCUGUGGUUGUACAAGGCCUAAAAAAGAUGGGUGUUCAUCCAGUUAUGGUCACUGGGGACAACUGGAGGACAGCACAAGCGGUUGCAAAGGAGGUUGGUAUUGAGGAUGUGAGAGCGGAGAUCAUGCCAGCUGGAAAAGCCAACGUUAUCCGUUCGCUCCAAAAGGACGGCAGUGUAGUCGCAAUGGUAGGAGACGGCAUCAAUGACUCCCCCGCUUUGGCAGCCGCCGAUGUCGGGAUGGCCAUUGGCGCUGGAACCGACAUUGCCAUCGAGGCGGCUGACUACGUGCUGGUCCGGAACAACCUGGAGGACGUGAUCACGGCGAUCGACCUCUCACGCAAGACGUUCAGCCGGAUCCGGUGGAACUACUUCUUUGCCAUGGCGUACAACGUGGUGGCCAUCCCCGUGGCCGCGGGCGCGCUGUUCCCGUUCACGGGGCUCCAGAUGCCGCCCUGGCUGGCCGGCGCGUGCAUGGCGUUCUCGUCCGUCAGCGUGGUGUGCUCCUCCCUGCUGCUGAGGAGGUACAGGAAACCGAGGCUCACCACCUUGCUGCAGAUAACAGUGGAGUGAAUUUCUUUUUUUUUUGGGCGUUGUGUCGUGUCACUUUACCGGAGAAGAAAUGGAAGUGGUGCCUCCCGACUACGUGAAUGUCUGGUGCAGUUUUGAGGGUCAAACACUUGUACAUAUCCAACAUUUUGCAACGGAGUUGCAAUGCAUGGUAAUUGAAACAUUAUCAACGCAAGCCCCCAGUCGGUCCAUUAUUUGAGCA